GUCCGCAUUCGUGCUGCCACGCCGCCCAUCGCCAUCUCCCAUGACAACGACACAGGUCGCGGCGACUGUCGACUUCCUUGACAGACCCUUGCCUGGACAAAUCACUGGCUGCCUCCUGACCUGUCGCCGCCGCCGUCGCAGGCGCAUUGGCACUCUUGUGGCGGGCUCAUCGUCUCAUCUCUCGCGGAGCUAGCUGGUAGUGGACAUUCGGAGACCAUCUUGCGAGCUGUCACGUCUGGGAGACCAGACGACACUCAUAAUGCCAUAGUAGUCCCACUAGGACAAAGCUUCGACAGUUUCCGACUGGGCCACGGGGCAGUCUCCCUUCGUUUCCAAGCUGCCCCAGGCCGGCUGUGGUCCUGCGUGGUGGACAGCAGCCCCAAGGCCACCUGAGGCUGGAGAUCAGACCGACAAGUCUCGUCGAUUGUGGGUCACACUGCUUCGCUGUGCUGGCCAGGGCGGGAAAGAAUCGCGCAUUCUACAUCUCAUGACGACCCCGCAUUGUUCAUCUGGCCUGGAGCGAGUUCUAGAAGACCUGAAAUCCACCGCAGCUGCUCUGUUCGAGCUGUAAUCACUGGUCUAUAUAUGGUAAUCUGGCUGCGACAAAGACGUUGAAGAGUGGAUGCCGGCAUAUGAUACACCACACUAAACCUCGACGUCGCUAGCCGCAUGCCCCUCGCAUUCGGGCCGUACGAGGGCGCCUGGCGCCAUUGCCACCCUUAUUCACGGGCAGCUUUGCCGAGGCACAAUCCCUCCAACCCAGCACCCAGCAAUUCUACUGCAGAGCGACCAGCACGCGCUUGACAACGGGCUGCCUCGUCCAGGCCGUCAAAUCUGCUUCCGAGCCGGCUGAACCGGCGACUGACUAGGUGUCCGUCCAUCUCUCUUUCCCGCCACUCACCAGAUUAUUUCCCCAAAAGAUGCUCCUUUAGACCAGGCGUCCCACAUCAUCAAAGCGGUAAAGCUGGAGUGUGGCUCAUCGCAGGCCAGUGACCCGCAGAUACCGCCGGGGAAAGAAACUCGUCAGGAAGGGUGACCCUGCCACUCGAGUGUAUAGUACGUGGUGGUCCACAAUAAGGAAGGGCACACGUCCUGACGUCCUCGUCGUCUUCUCUCAGUACCCCUCCAAGGUCUUCGCUUGAUGCACGACACCGCUGCUGCAGCAGAAAUAAAGUUGCGCCCUGCCUCGCAUCCGACCUUUUCUGUUAGGGUCCUGGUUACAUUGUUUCAUUCCUCUCAUACCCAAUACAAGGAGAUCCUAUCAGGUACGGCAGGGACCUAGGCUCUGCGAAAAAGAAGACGAACCGGCCUCACCCCGCGACGGACAGGCAUUGCCUGUUGAGACCUUUGACCAUUCAGCCGUUUAUUCUCUUGGCUCGACUGCGCUCUCAUCCUUCCUAUAUACCUUACAGUCUCACCCGCCCUGUGGCCACCGGCGCCAACCUCCACAAUGUCCUCAUACGAGAAGCCAAGCAUGUUUGACAUGGACGCCGACACCCUCAAGAUGUACAUGCAGAUACUGCCCAAGCUUCCUCUUGUGGCACGCGUGGCCCUGUUGCAUGUGCUACAGAUGUCGCCGCCGAGCAAGUAUGUCGACCUGAGGACCGAGUUGACCGUGGCCGUGAUCCGGUCCUUCAUGACGCCAUCGAAACCCACGACCAUAUCGGCGACCCAGAAGCUUCUCAACAAGGACCCGGGCAUCAAGGGCCGCAUCUGGGUGGCCAAGUACACGGCACCCAGCCCCAAGGAGACCAGCCUGCGUGACGUUGUCGUCCGGGCCGUGGAGAACAUGCGCCAGCCCAGCAGCAACGGCAGUCCCCCGCCACCGCUGAAGGGUGUCGAGUGGCCCGAGGCUGUGCCCGUCGAGGCCGAGUGGCAAGGCUACCGGGCGGGGGCGACGACCCAGUCGAGACUGCCGCCCAUCACCGAGGCGGAAAAGUACGCCGAGAUGAUGAAGGAGGUGAAGAGCCUGGCGACCGUACUAUACUUCCACGGCGGUGCUUACUACCUGAUGGACCCGGCUACCCACCGGCCAGGGACCAAGAAGCUCGCCAAGAUGACGGGCGGGCGUUGCUACUCGGUCCGGUACAGGCUGGCACCACAACACCCGUUUCCGGCAGCACUUAUCGACGCGCUGCAGUCGUACCUGACCCUGCUGUACCCGCCGCUGGGGGCUUUUCACGAGGCCGUGAAGCCGGAGCACGUGGUCUUUUCCGGUGACAGUGCCGGAGGCAACCUGUGCAUGGCGCUCGCGCAGCUGCUGCUCGAGUUCAAAAGGACCAACACCAAGAUCCAGUGGUUCGGCCAGGAGGUCACACCCCACCUGCCGGGCGGCCUGGCCCUCAGCUCCCCGUGGCUGGACCUCACGCACUCGUCGCCGUCGUGCAAGAACAACGCCGCCUUCGACUACCUCCCGAUGCUGCAGGGGAUCGAGAAGAUGGAGCGGCCGUCGUGCGCGGCGUGGCCGGCCAGCCCGCCGCGCAAGAUGCUGUACUGCGCGGACGCCUUCGUCGCGCACCCGCUGGCGACGCUCGUGACGGCCAAGAGCUGGGAGGGCUGCCCGCCGGUGUACAUGUCGUGCGGGUGGGAGCUGCUGGCGGACGAGGACAAGUACAUGGCGGCCAAGCUGCACUCGGACGGGGUGGCCGUGGUCUUUGAGGAGUACGAGGCCAUGCCGCACUGCUUCCCGAUGGUCUUUAUGGACACCCCCGUGUCGACGAGGUGCUUUGACGCGUGGACGGGGUUCAUCAGGGGCGUGGUGGAGCAGGGGCCGGGCAGCGUCGAGACGAGCUUCAGGACGCUCAGGGCCAGGACGCUCAAGGAGGCCAGCAUCGACCCGGCCAGGCUGAGCCCUUACACCGAGGCGGAGCUGCGCGAGAGGCUGAGGAACCUGGGCAAGGACAAGGCGCCGGCCAAGGCGGCGGGGGACGUCGCUGCGAAGCUGUGAGGUGAUCUGAUGAGGUCUGGCAUGUUGAGGGCAUGGCGGUGGUUCCAAGGUUAUUGCAUGAUUUAUGGCUCAUGAUGGAGGAGGGUUGGGGAUCUGCAUGGGUUUUCAUCCGUUUGUCAAGACGGCUUUCUCAGCUUUGAUAUACCCGAUAUAAGAAGACUAAUAAUUUCCAGCGGAAGUGUGGAUGGAACAAUACAGGGAGCGCUGGCUUGCAACUGAUUGUACAAUUGGCCUUCAGGGUUGGGACGCAGUUGAGCUUAAUCAUGUACGGGACGAACCUUGCUGUCCUGGACUCGGUAUCCGUCACCAACACACGUACUUGACCUGGACUUGUUUUAUCGACCUCGAAGCCGCCACCAGGAGGAAGUGCAAGCAAGGGCGGGAUAACCACAUUUAGGCACGCCUGUGUGCAUAGAAUUGCA